UUGAAUUAUUUGUUGAAUCGAAUAUAAUUUUUUUCGAAUGACAUUGAAUUUUUUUUCUCAUUUUCAUCUUUUUAUCGUUCUCACUUUAACCACUUGAUUCGGUCGAUCGGUACAUGCAAAACGAAAAAAAAACCUAAUCAUUAUUGUCAACACAUCCACAGUGUGAAAUGAUUUAAUUUCCAAAGAAUGAUUCAUUUUAAAUCAAAUUCCAUUCGAAUCAUUCGAAUUUUAUUUUUUCGAUUUUGUUUUUUGUUGUUGUUGAUAACUGCUUCGAUGAUUGUGUGGUGGUAAAUGCAAUCGAAAUUGUUUUCAACCACAACCAAAAAACAGCCGAUCAGUAUCAACGAUUAUAAUCAACAAUAUAAAUCAAUUUUAGCAAUGAAAAAUCUUCAAACAUUUACAACAAAACAUCAUCACUAUCGACUAUAAUCCUAUUGGACGAUUCAUCGAAUGUUUUUGUUUUUAUGUGCAUAAUAAUACACACAGCUAUUCAGCAUCUGACGAAUAACAAAAACAAAAAAAAAACGGCAACGAUUAUCAUCAAGCAUCAUCAUCAAAAUUAUAUUUAUAUUUUUUUUUCUUGUGAAAGAAAAACAUUUAAAAAAACGUCGCGACAUAAUCGAAAUUCUAUGAUAAAAUAAUAAUUGUAAAAAACAUAUAGAAAUAUCAUCAUCAUCAUAUCAUUCAAGACGGCGACAAAAAGUUUCCAUAUUUUUUUUCGUCUCAAGAUUAUAUUUGAUUAUCAUGGAUAGUAUGGUGGUGGUGAUGAGGAUCAUAUAACAUUGUAAUCAUCAUUGAUUCGAUAAAUGAACAACGUCAAUCUAAUAAACACACGAUACACAAAAUACGAGCCAAAACGACAAAGAAAAGAAAAAAUUUAAUUUCAACAACAACGAAAGUUGAAGAGUUAAAUAUUUGAAACAAAAAUUGAAUACCAUUUACGAUCCAUGAAUGUGAUUUUUUUUAUCUUUGAUCUUUUCAACAUACACAAAUAUCCGAAUAAUUACAAAACGGACAAAAAUGGGUUGUGCAUAUUCAAAUCAUAAUAAACGUUCGAAAACGAAAUCGAAUAAUAAUGUUCAAAUGAUUAAUCGUAAUGGAGUUGUCAAUGAUUCUGCUAGAAAUCGUCAUCGUGAUGCAAAUGACAAUUCAAAUCAGCGGCGUAUUUUUGAGGCCACAUAUCUUUCAUUGAAUGGACUAAGACAAUCUGGUCAAAUUGAAAUAACCGAUAAUGAAUUGGUAUUUCAAUAUGGGGAUAAUAAACGCCUUGAUUGGCCAUUAAAAUAUCUUCGUGGAUAUGGCUGUUCUGAUGGAUGGUUUAGUUUUGAAUGUGGUCGUAAAUGUUUAACUGGACAAGGACAUCAUAUAUUUGAAUGUUCACGUGCCGAUCAAUUGUUGAAUACAUUAGUUCAGCAGAUUGGAGUAAUGUCCAGUUCCAUUAAUCAGAUUCAUAAUAAUAGCGCCAAUCAACAACAUUUGUCACAUUCCCAUUCACAAAUGAGCAAUGAUUUGGUUUCACUGUCCAACAAUGGUCCAUUACAUGAAUAUCAGAAUUUGACAUCAUUUACAAAUGAUUUGAGUAGACCUGGAUCAAAUUUAGAUCAUGUAAUACCCGUUAAUAGCCAGAUGCCAACAACAAGAUCAUCGAGUAGUACAGGUGUACAUACAUACCUCAAUUCGACUGUGAUAAAUGGACAAAUGAAAUCACAGCCAAACUAUUAUAGCACAAAUCCAAUGUCACACAACAGUAGUGGAGCAUCAUCACGUUUGACUGGAUCAAAACAUUCAUUAGAUGAAACCGAAUUAAAUGGUGUUGGUCAUAAUUAUCGAUGGUCAUCAUCCGGUAUCGGUAAUCAUUCGUACGAUUCACGUACAUUGCCUUCUUCAAUGAUGCGAAAAGAAAGUUCUACAUCACAUGCAUAUGUCAACGCAUCGAAUGUUGGAAAUACUACUAUUAAUAAUAAUGACACAAAAAACAAUCGUAUUCGAAGAAGUAGUGAUUCUAAUCAUGAUCAUCUUUAUCUAAAUCAUCAUCAUUUACAUUCAUACAAUAUGAACAUGAUAAAUGCAAAAAAGUUGGAACAGAUUCAAGCCAAAAUGGAUGAAUCAGAUAAUCUGGGAACAUUUUGUUAUGUCAAUUUUGAUCAGAAUGUGAUUAAGAAUCGAAAAUCGACGAUCAGUGGAUUCAAAAAUCGUUUUAGUAAUAAUAAUUCCCGGGUGGUCACACCAGAAUCCUAUGUUCAAUUAGAUUUGAAUAGUAAAAUUGACGGUGAUAUUGAUACAAAUAAUAGCCUACAACAACAACAACAACAACAGCAGCCUAACAGUCUUGUGGAUACAGAUGGUGAUCAAAUCAAUAAUGCCAAUGGUGGUGGUGGUGGUGGUGAUGCUGAUUCAUUAAUCAAUCGAAAAUAUUCAUCAUCUAGUAUGGUCGCGAUAAAUGGUCAAUGUAUUCCGGCAAAUAUGACGAAAAUUAAUGACAAAUUUUCAUUCGUGAUAAUCAAUAAUAAUAAUAAUAAUGAUAGUCAUAAUGGAAUCGUUAAUGAUUCGAAUCGAAUUCGACGAAAUUCAACAAACAAUCUGAAAACAUCGAAUAAUAAUGGUGUUUCAAAUUUUUCUCAAACAAUAGGAAUCCCAACUACAACGACGACCACAACUGUUCCAUACGCUCAGAUUGAUUUUGCCAAAACAUUAGCAUUACAAGCAUCGACAGCUAAUCAUCGAAAAUUAUAGUCAAAUUUUAGAAAACAUUAUAUUACUUUAAGAACUUAUUACACACACACACACACACCUUAAAGACCUUAUAUCCAAUUUUACAAGAUUGAAUCAAAAAAAAACUAGUGGGACCGAAUUAUUCAUUUAUUCAAUUGUUUUUUUUUAAAUUUGUUUUCG